GCCAGUUGCGACCCUACGCGCCGGGCUUUUGAACGCGCGCGCCGCCGCCGCCGCCGCCGCCGAACCGUUGCGACCCUCCAAUCGUUAGCGCCGGAUAAUGCACCCCGCUGGGGUGGGAAGGUGUGGAUGGGCGCGCGGAACGACGGCGGCCCUCGGGUGCGUAGGCGCCGGCGGCGGCCGACGGACGGUCGGGAUUUUCCGCGCGACGGGACUGUAGAAUAUUAUACGGGAGUGGACUCCGGUGAAAAAUCAAUGCGCGCGCCGUUAUCAUCUCGCCAAAAACUACACCUCCGUCGUAUGAUAAUAUUAUAACAAUUGUUUUAUAAAAUAAUAAACAAAUUUCCGACGAUUGACUCGUCUCAUCGACAUAUCAGUCAUCCGCACACCGUCGGUUGUUUGUGUGUGUUUUUUUUUUUAAAUUAUUCGCCCGCUCACAUCCGAUACAAUAUUAUUACAAUAUAUUGAUUGUCUAUCGUGUGCACUGUCCGCGUUCCUUUGGGCCGAUCCGUUAUCGUUUUCCAACAAACCGCAGACGUGUGUAUUAAGUAUCGGAAUAAUGGAUCCGGGUCCGCAAGCUUACGGUGCCGGCAAAGUCGGCGGCCAGUUCAACAUACAAAACUUUGUCCGCAAGCCUCACGUGUUCGUCAGACUGUUGUCGCUGGUGAGUAGGCGGAACGAUAUUAUUACUCGUUACAAUAUCAUAUGCUUGCGUCCUUUAAGUGGGACAGCGGUCGCGCCUUUAUAGCAAUACAUAAUCGUAUCACAAACACUGUUAUUGUUAAACAAAUAUAGUCGAGAUUAUCGAUGCUGCAGACAUUUCGGCUACCCCGCUAUACACAGACUUGGCAUUUUUUUUUUUCCAGAAAAUUUUACUGAACCGUUGGGGUGUUAUGACCCGCCUAGAAAAUGUCGUCUUCUUUUCCCUCGCCGCUACCCCGUAACGCGCUAAAAUGUUUAAACAUAUAGGUACACUGUGUAGGCUAAUGUCGAUUUUCGUUUAAAUUUGACUUUUUGGUAUUUUAAAAUUGCAUAGACAUUUUAUUUGAUCAUAUUUUUUAGAAAAGCUAGAAUAAUGAAAUGUGUAGUAUAAAGAACUAAUCUUUGCACGGGUAUGUUUUUCGAUAGAGGAAUCCAAACUAUUUUUUUUCAUUUACCUAAAUUUUGUGUAACAAAUAUAAAAUCGAACCAAAUUCAUACGUUUAAAGAUCACUAAAACCAUAUAGCUACGAAAAAAAAAUCAUUUUAAUUUAACCUUACACAGCAACAUUAAAUCUUUUGAUCGAACGGGAAGUGAGUAAACGACUGAUAUAAUAAUAUCCGAGAUACUUGACGGCUAACGCCCUUACGGCAAAAAAAAAAACGUAAAAGUCACUUUAUAUUGUAAAACCGUCUACUUUUUGCUGACAAACCAAUAAUCUAGUACUUAAUAAUAAAUCUCACAGUUAAAAAAUAUCAUUUCACCAAAUGAAUAACAUUUUCUACUAGGCACCACCCCAGAUGUUGAUAAUUUCCGGUAAAUCAGUUGUUUACAAAAAAAAGCACCAUACAUCGUACAACAAAUACAACAAAAUAGCUGAUACUGAUGAUGGGUAUGCUACUAUUGUAGGUGGGAAGUUAAGAAGGUAGGUAACAUUAUGUUUUUUUUUGCCAAUUAUUAAGAAAAUUACGAAAAUAAUCAAAAAUCGACUUCUUAAUGAAUCGAUUAAACAAAAUAUUCUUACAAAAAAUAUGGUACACUCGAAAUUUGAAAUUAAAUUUCUGAUAGAAAGACAAAAUCGAAAAUAAUGAAAUCGCUUUGUUCGUUUUCCUCUGUUUUUCUUAAUUAUUAAGAGGGCGUCACAAAAACGUUUUCUGUUUCUGUCUAUCUAAUGAGCAUUAUAAAAAAAAAUAUAUUUUCAUAUUUCCAAUAGUAUUUAGAAUCUAUUAAACUUAAAAAAGUUCCAUGAAGCUCUAACAGUGAAAUACAUUGUUACGUACAAUUUUUCUAAUGUGGUAAAACAAUUGAAUUUUGUCUUUUAUAUUACUUACUUUCGGUACACUAUAAAUAUUUUUUGUUUUACAGAAUUUCUUACAGAAAAUAUAAAAUUGUUUAUUAUACUAAUAAUUAUGUAUCACACAUAUGCAUAUCAUAAUGAAAUUACAGCAAUUAUAUUACUGUAUACUGACACUUAAUCAAUUAGUAUUAAAAAUCUUUGUUUUUACUGACCAUUAUAAAUAAAAGAAAAUUGUUAGGUAUACACACACACAUCUACUAAUGCGUAGACAUACCAAGAUAACUAUGGAUUACACCAGAGGUUCCCAAUCAGGGUGCCGCGAAAUUAUUUGAAAUAUUAUUUAUUUUUUUUUAAAACGACUUCAUGAUAAAUAUAGCACUGUGAGUAAUAAAAUAGACUAUAGUAUAAAACCUAUUGGGUAUAACUAAUUAUAUACAAUAUAAUUUAAUUAAUUAAUUAUAUAAUACAUAGUAAUAUUGUGAUGUUCAAUCUAUUUUAAUUUCCAUACUGGUUCGAUUGCUAUCGUUUCGAUGUGGACUGUUACGAAGUUAUCACUCUACCACUUAUUUACGAUGAAACACUUGUGACUUUAUCUUAUCUUUAUUGUUUAUUAUUAAUAUGUACCGGUAAAAUAAUAAAUAUUCGUAUAAUAACAUUAACAAUUUCAGUACAAUCAGGCUGGUCAUAGAUAUCAUAAACAUAUUUCAGCCGUCUCUAGAUAUUUUAUAUAAUAAAAUUACAUUUUAGUUGAAAUAAUGGAUACAUUUAUUAUUAAAAAGCGAAAGUUAGAUGAAGGCGAUAUUUAAUCUAACCUCAAUAUUGAGUCAAAAUCUGAUGAAUCAAAUCAAGCUAGUUCUAGUUCUACUGGUUUAGCAGAAAAACCUAAAAUACGUUUAUAUAAUAUCAGUUAUUUUACUUUUAUAUUACUAUUGCGUAUUCAGUAUAGAGUAUAGGCCAUUGGAUGACUCCGGAUUUUUAGAAAAUAAUUAAGGGUGCAGUGAGUUAAAAAAGGUUGGGAAACUCUGGACUGCACAAUCCGCGUGUUCCUCAAUAACCUCGAAUAUCAAUCAGAUGAAACACCCGAUUGUUUCAUCUGAUUGAAUGUUAAGGAAUACCAAUUUAUAUUAAAACGCAGAAUGCUCUAUCACGUGAUAUAAACAAUUAUUUGACAAUAGAUAUUUAUCUGAUAAUAUAAUUUAAUGAACAUAUUAAAAUGUGAAACGGGAAAAAAAAAAACGUUAUGGCUAAAUGUUGAUAACACAUUUCCAUCGUCUAGCAAAAUGACUAUUUUGUUGAUUGAUGAUCCGAUGCACAAAGAAGCAGUAAUCAGAUUAAUCGGAUUUGAUAAGGAGCAUCGAAAUCCAUCGGAUUGUUCAUCUGAUUGAUAAUCUAGCUUGUCGAGAAACACACGGAUUGAUACAUAUUAUACAUUGUAGAUAAAAUAAUGUACGAACACUUAAACAUUUAAAUUCCAUUGUUAAUAUGACCUACUUAAUUGUUCUAUCCCUAAAUAUUAGUCUUAAUAUUCUUUAUUGCUUUAAACAAGCCACCUCCGUUUUUGGUUUUCCGCCCUCUUUCCUCGGAUACCAAAUUUAAGGCAUUAUUAUUUAGUUAUAUCGAUCUGAAUAUUAUUAUAAACCUACGUAACACAGCACACUUGGUAAUGUUUAUUGACUUGUGUCGGCUUUUUUUACCUACCGACUACGUUUAGUCAUCCGAACAAAUCCCGAAGUAUAAUAUUUUUCAACGGAUUUAAAAUUUUAAACAAAUAAAAUGAAGAUUAAUCUAUUAUAGAAUGAACAACAUAACAUAUUUAAAAAAUAAUUUUCAAAAAGAAAAUAACAAAUUUUCGCAUAUACCCAUACUUAAACUCUUAUAUUCAUAUAAUAUGUUUAUAUAGAAAAUUAAAAAUAAUAAUAAUCGUUUCAUUAUAUUACUGCCUGGGAGAAUCAUUAUUUUUAUUUACUACUUGUAUAGAAAUAUCAUAUUAUAUUUCAUUGUCAUAUUGUUGUAUAAAAAAAUCUUUGAAAAAUAUCAAUUGGCUUUGGCCCAAAUAACCCGGCUAAAGUUAAGCGUAUUUAAAAUUAUUUUAUAUUAUAAUAUUUAUAUUUCAUUUAUAAUAAUUAUACAAUCAUCUUAUUUUUCUCUCUAGAUUUUAUAUCUCUGUAAGGGUUUUCACCAUCAACACUUAUUUUCCUUUCAUUCGAUUUUGUACUUUCAAUCGAUUCUGUUGUUAAAUAUUUUUCGAAUCAAAAACUAUUAAAAUAUUUUUUCCAAAUUAUUUUCAACCACAUACAACCACCUUUUUUACACCUCAUCUGAACCUGUUUUUCCUCCCAUUUUCUAAUUCAUAACCGUAUAAACAGCGUUUUCGCCUUUUCUACGCAUUAGGUCAAUGUUCGACCCGUUCCGUCUUUCUGAACUCAUGUAAUACUUUAGGCCACGUUCCGUCCGUAAAAUUUGAUUUUCAACAAUUCUGAAAUAAUAAAAAUAUUAAAUAAUACCAAAAAUGAUAAAAAAGUAUAUUUCUAGUUUAGAUGUAAAAUAUAAAUUACGAAUAUUUCAGUCUAACCAUAGAUGAAAAUACAAUGUAAAACUCGUAAAAAAGAAUUGAUAAUUAUGACAAAAAUUAAUAAUAAACUAUCGAAUCGUUGUAGAUAUAAAUUAAAAGCUACACGAGCGUUACACUAAUUUAUUACGUGACGGAGAAAUUAAAAAAAAUUAAAAAAUGUAUGCUUUUUGUAAGACGGUAGUUUAUUUUGCCACAGAAUACAUUUAUGCAGUGGCGACUCGUGGACUUUGAAAGUGGGAGGACGAAAGUGGGAUGAACAUUUUUGAGUACAAUUGAGUAUAUUGAGUACAAUUAUACAUGCAUAUAAAAGAUUAUCAAUAAACCGAAAUGAAUACUAUAUAGAAAAACAUAAUUAUAUCCAUAUUUACAAUUUUUAUUACAAAAAAUGAAAAUAAAAAAAAUCAUAAAAUUAUACAUGUUUUUAUAUUUAAAAUCUAAACGUUGAUCUUUUAUUUCACUAAACAUAUAAAUAACUUUUUUGUUAAAAUCUGCGUCAUUGGGAAUCAUUUAGUUUUCAAUAAUUAAAAUUGAUUGAGCGUUUAACCUUUCUUCUUCAAUUGUGCUCCGUAAACAUGUUUUAAUUCUUUCGAGUGUUGAAAAACAUCUUUCGGCUUCAAAUGAUGUCAUAGAAGCUGUUAUUAAUAUUUUUAACAAUGUAAAAACUUCUUUAUUAGUUUCAUUCAUAUCAAUUUCUAUUAUUUAUUUAAGCGUAAUUAUUAUUCUAUUCAAAGUUCGAAUGUCAUUUCGAGAAUACAAACUUCAAGCUCAGUUUUUAACCUUUCUGUAUCGAAGAACGGGUAGCAUUUAAUUGUAGAUUCAAAAUAUUGAAGUGGAAAUAUUUUAGAAUAUUCCAAAUAUUUUUCAGCUUUGAAUAAGUUAGCAGCGGUUAAAGGAUCGGUAAAUUCUAAACGAUCUUUAGCUUUGAUAAUUAAUAUAUCACAGACUUCAAGCACUGAACUUUUUCGAGUUAUAUAUUAAUAUCUUCAACCGAUUGCAAACAUCGUUUUUUAUUAUUUAUAUUGGGCACAUUCGAAGCUUGAACAAUAAUACCUGUUACAUUAUUUCGAAUUUUGGUUAUUUCUUUUAUAUAUUUUUGCUAUAUUUUUUUUUAUCAGCUUGAAUAUUAUUAUAUAAACAAUCUAUAUGUGGCAUUAUUUUAUGAAAAAUAACCAGAAAAAAAAUACUGAGUCGCUUAACAAACGUUUUAUUGAUCCUACCUGAUUAAUUGUUAAUGUUUGUUGGGAUAGUUCUAUUAAUUUGUCCAUGAACUUUAUUAUUUCAUUUUUACACUCAUAAACAGUAUUAGUUGUACGAAUAUUGAAAUUCCAUCUAAUUUGUACAGCCCAUGGUAACUGAACGCCAACUAAUUUGUCCAGUAUUGCUCUACUCUUUGUGGUGUAGUCGAAAAAAAAUCGGUAUUUCUGAUAAAUUUGCAAAUAAUAUCCUAACUUCUUUAUUUUGAGAAAUUAGAUUGAGUCAUAAUUAAGUUUAAUUGAUGUACAUAACAAUGAAUGUAAUACGCGUAAAAUUUCGCGUAAAAUAACUCUAACGUUAACGCCACUUUUUCUUCCAUUCAUUACUGCCGCCCCGUCUUUGUAACCCGAGUUCAUUUUAUCCAAAAUAUAAUGGUACCGACUAAUCCCCUCCUUUGUUUUUGCGUUUUAAUCAUAUUUUUAAUUUUAUAUAUAAGUUUAUGACGGCGAUUGUCAGCGUCACCCAGCGCCGAGCGCUAUAGCUAAAUCCUAAUAACUGAUAAAAUAAUAUUGUAGAUAUCUACUGAUUCUAUACUAGAUAGUCAAGAAUUUCUGUUUAGUUUAACAUUUUUAUCCAAAAAGUACCUACAAAAUACAAAUUAUUUAAAAACUCGCAAAAUUAUAAUGUAUUAAUAAAGCUCAUAAAUAGCAGAAAUGUUUUGUUCACGUCUAGAAAGGUCAUUUUGAAUUUUUUGUUCAAAUUUCAAGUUCAACAUUUUUUCGUUUUUCCUACGUUUUUUCCGGUUUUCCUCAAUCAUUAUAAAAACUGCUUUUAAAACCAAAAAAUUACCUGCUUAAAGUACCAUUACUUAAGUACUUAAGUACUUAAGUACAUUCCAUUACAAUUUUUUUUCAGAAAAAUUAUUAAACUUGAAAAUCGUAGCAAAAUUACUGGUAGAAAAGUUGUUCAUAGUAUAGAAAAAUUAAAAUUAAAAAAAAAAAACAUUGUAAAAAUCAAUAGAUUCUUUGUUCCAUUAUGAUGGUUCAUUUUAUCUAUCAAAUUUAUUUGUUUAUUUCGUCACGGUUUUAUCAAUAAUCAAAUUUUACAUCAUACUUUUUAUAAAAUACGAACAUUUUUAUGUAAUUUAUAUUGUGAUAGUGACGGUUAUGUAUGGGGGUAUAGCUAUGUAGUAAAAUAAUAUUUCUGACACAAUUGUAUUAUAUGUAGUAAAUAAACACGGUCAAGGGAGGAUGUUGCUACGCCUCCAACACCCAUUUUCGCUGGCCUAUAGAUAUAUUCUAUCCUUCAUCUUUUAAUUUUAUCUUUUAAAAAACUUUUUAUCAUUAACCUUAAAAAAACUAUCAUGGCGUAGUAGAGAGUAUGUCGUAUGUGAUCUAUCCUAAUUAUUAUCUUGAUUAUCCCUACUAUAUUUUUACAAUAAAUUUGACAUUUGUAUUUUUCAAUUUUUCAUUAAUCCUUUUUGAAGCUACUUUAAUUUGGAACCCUAUCAUAUUGCAAAGUAUUGACCAUGUAAUAGUACAAUUGUCACAGAUUUGAAAUAAUUCUAAAAAAAUUAUAAUUAAUAGGUAUGGUAUACGUUACACAUAUAUUUUUAAAAACGUUAAAUGAUACCUUCAAUUCUCAGAAACAUUAAUUAAUAAUUUAUUAAUACAACAAUUUAUAAUUUUUAGAAAGAGAAUAUUUUUCUAAAAAUAUGAUAUGUUUGAGUUUCAUGAACAAUUUGAAAUGUCGAUAGAAAGAAUGCUUUUGGACAAAUAAUAUUUGAUACAUGAUUAUGGUCCAAGUAAGGGUACAAUUUUGAAAAUUUUAAAAUAAAAAGACGGUAUUAAAUAAUUGAAAAUAACGACUGAAAAAAACCAAAAUUGAAUUUACCUGAAUGCUAGUAUAAAUAAAAUUAAUUUUAUCGCUGGUUCUCGGUAAAAAAAAUUAUCCUGUAUAUAUAUUAUACAUAUUAUUUUCGUAUAUGGACAAAUAUUAUGAUAUUGGUCAUGAUUAACACGUAAGUAUUCCGCUGUCAUGCAUCGCGAGAAUAAAGAAAACGAUUUACGAUAUUUUUCCGUUAUUAGCGUGGAUUAUACAUUUAUACAGUAUAUUAUCGAAAAUAGUAUUUAAAAUAAGUUCGAUAACGCUCACAAAUGUGCUACUGUUUUAAGAGGGAAGUUGGAAAGCAGGAUACAUAUAUAAAAUUUUAAAUUAUCUAUUUAUAUGCAAUAACAAACCAUUAUUAAUGAAAAACGAUUACAUGUUUGAAAUGCCGUAAUAUUUACGAUUUUCAUCAAAAUUAAAUCUUGAAAACAUCUUGAAACAAUAGAAAAUUACUACAUUAUACUCUACUUUUUUCCUUCGACUACUAAGUACAAUUUAUAAUGAACCUCGUGUACCUAUUAAAUAAUAAUUAGCAAACAUGGUCAAAGCCUAUAGAUAGUUUAAAAAUUGCUAAAAUGUUAAACAUGGCAUUUUUGUUUGGUCUAACAAUUUUAUCCACGAGUAUCUAAAUUUCUAUAAAUAGUUUAACAUUUUUUAAAAUUUAAUCACGCCUAGAAGAAUCAAAUAUGAGUUUUUUUUUUAUCAAAAUUUCAAGUCUGCGAAUAUUUUUAAUUAAAUUACAAAAAAUAAUAAAAUUGAAAAAAAUGAAUAGCUAACAGAUAUUUCCGUAAUCAUUCCCGUUAUUUCUAUUUUUGUUCAAUUAUUAAGAAAACUACAUUGGAAAUCAAUAAAACGACUUAAUUAAUCACCAACUAUAUAAAAAAUAAACAAGAAGGUCUCUUGACAUUUUUCGAUAACAUAAUCAAUAUACUAACUAGAUCCGAAAUUCAGCAAAACAGGUCUCUUGUGAUUUUUCGAUUGGAACAAGUUUUUUAGUCGGAAAGUUACUUACAUACACAAGAAAUAAAAGUAACAACAAUCAUCGUAAGCCAAUAGAUCGUUACUCUCGAAAUCUAAAAUGAUUUCUUUAAUGUAGCAACUAGAUCAAAGAUUUUAUAAAAAAGUUUAAGUUAGGUCAAUUCAGUAGCCAGGCCAUGCCACUGGUUUAAGUUUAGUAAAGUUAAAUAUUAUAAAGUUUUUUAUUUGAGCGAAAUUGCUGGUCAAAAAUUUAGUUAGAGACAUUAAACAAAUUUAUACACACUUUUACAAUUUAUAGUAAAACCAAUACAUUCGUCGCUCCGCCGAGUAUCUAAACAAAAUAAUAUUUUACACAUUUUUCAUUUCUGUCAACAGUUGUUCGGUCUGAUAGUGUAUUUCUGCGCGUCGUCAGGUUCGUGGACAACAAUGAAGGCAACCAACGACGAAGUGUGUAUGUUCAACCUCAAGAGUUUUGGGUGUCACGUUGGAGGCGUGGUGGGCUUCACGUCGGUAAUCGGAGCGGCCGUGUUCGUCGGCGGCGAGUAUUAUUUCGAAAACGUGCCGUCUGUAAAAAGCCGUAAGCAUUACGUGCUCAUCGACCUUGGAUUCUCUAGUAAGAACUAUAAGACUAUGACAUAACAUAAUAUAUACUGCGGCAACCGCCAUGACGACAAACACAAAUUCACAAAACUCGACACUCUGUACGUAUCACGUAUAUACAAUAUCAUUGUGUCGUUAUUGUCUGUUUUUUUUUUUUUUUUUUAUAAGCCGAUUGAGACCAACGAGUGUUGAACAAAUAUUUUACGAAAAUUAUAUUUUUGUCGACAUACGCAUCAAUCAAUUUUUAAACUUUUAAACUUAUAGGUAUAACGUAUUUAUAAUCUUUGCUAUAAUACCCGCUGGUGUAUCGGUAAAUUGAUUUUUGGGUAUACACACUUUUCAAUGAUAUGAGAAAAAAACAUUUUCUUGCUACGCCCUAAAUAUGAAAAUAUUAAAAAAUUGUACACUAGAUUCCAAAUUAUGUACUUUCAUCGUUAUUUGUUUACUUUAACAACUUUCUUUUAGUUGUUUCUAAAUAUCAUAUUAAUGAUUCUGUAAAAUACACACCUAAUAAAUACAAAUUAUGCAACUCCAUAUUUUAUACAAUGAAAUUAUAAAACUUAAAAUAGGUAUUUUAUAAUUUUAUAAUAAUUUUUUCCACUAGUUUUUAGUUCAAACGUCUAAUAACGUUUCGAUUGACGAUCAAUCAUUGAUCUGCAGGUAGAAUCGACCCUCAGAUUAGCUUAUCAAUCGUAAUUUUGUUCACGGACUAAGGAUAUGGUGUACAUUUGUAUAUUAUUUAAUAUUGUCAUAGACAAUACAGAUUAAAGAUAUUUUAAUUAUUAAUGAUAAUUGUAUGUAUUACAUUUGUUAUCUGAAAGCAAUUUUUUUUUAAAUAACAUGUUUUUAGCAACAAUGAUAAAAAUAUGUUAUAAAUAUUUCAGUUAUUAUUUACCAGUAUACAAACGUAUACGUGUGGUAUAUUUUUCAAAAAAGUGUACGAUUGAUAAAUAUUGAAAUAUGCGAUUUGGGUACACGCCGUAUACUCUCCAAUACACCACUACUAAUACCUAUAAUACGUUUCGAGUGAAUUGUAUUUAUACAUUAUUUCAGUUAUUAUGAUGUAUACGCUAAUAAGGGCCGAAUCGCUGUUUCGAGGCGUGAGGUGAUCGAUUUUAACGUCAUUUUGCUUAAACACUUUUUGAGGUUAUAUCAAAUACGAGUAUUACAACAAUAAAAUACUUCAAUAUUUUCCCACCGAUCGAUUAACGAUUGAGCAUAUUUUGUGUUUGCGCUGGUAUACGGUCAAUGUUUUAAUAUUAGUCGUUCGUUUUAGUUACACCUUACAAAAAUAGUUUUUUUAAGAGAAAUUAUGGAUUGGAAUAUCGGGGUUUAGAACUAUCGCCGUAUCAUAUACUCGUAUCUCGUGUAAAAUUGAAUUUUGUGGAUAAUAUAAACUUUGAUAGAAUGAAAUUAGUGAUAGCGAUUCAUCCAGCACUAUGAUCGCAAGUUGAACGCUACGAUAACCGUGCCGACCGAGUUGGAUAUAUAUAUACACGUACUACUCGGUACUCCGGCCAGUAACGCCUUGGUCACGAAUUAAGAUGUACAUUAUACACUUAUGAAGAAAUACGAUUGUAAAAUAUAUAUCUUAAUCCGUGGUCAUGGUAAACAUGAUCAAAAACUAAGCAGAAUAGAGCAUUUUAUACGAAACGUCAGUGCUUGAAUCGGGAGGGGUCGUGAGGGGACAGAGUACCACUUCUUUUUUAAAAAUAUUUUAGCGUACUACCUCUAAUUUUUCUUAAUGAUCUUAAUUAGGUUAAAUGAAAUCAUUAAAGGGUACAAUACUUUUUUUUAAGCCUCAUAGUAUCCCUUUUUUUUAUUUUUCCGAUUUGAGCAAUUUGAGAACCACCCCCCCCCCUUAAAUGUGAAAUUAAUACUAGGGUAUACAGCUGGGUACAUAAUGUCUUGAAGUUAUUUAAUUUAAAAUUUAACGACUAUAUAGAUUUCGAAAGUUUUACUGUGGGAAUUUUGAUUUUAAUAUUUAUAUAAUAAUUUAACAUAAUUUGAUUAUUGAUGAUGAAACACUAUUAUACUAUCAUAAUUCAGAUUUAUCUGAUAUUAUUUGUGUACAUUAUAAUAUAAUGUUUGAGAAUCUAAACGUUUAGACAUUUUAAAUGUUUAAAUUUACGGGCCAGCACAGAAUUUAAAAAACAAAUUAAUUCGAAAUUAUGCCAUAAAAUCCACCUAUAAUAUUUAAUAUAACUUCAUUAUAUACGUUCACAUACUUUUAGGUUUAUGGGCCUUUUGGAAUUUUUUACUCUUCUGUUACUUGUCCAACGCUUGGAGCGAUACACCUGAUAUACCAGAAAUGACCAGCACUGCCAAUCCAAAUACUGCCAUCUUUUUUGCUUUAUUCGCUGUUUUUUCAUGGGUAAAUUUAUUAAUAGAGUUUUUCAGAACCUAAUUUUAUUUUUAACUAUUACCAAUAUCAAUGUUAUUUAUAGACAUGUUCCGCGUACUUUUCGUACCAAAGAUAUCAAAUGGGCGUAGACCCGUCGUUCGUGUCGUCUUUUGAAGCAGAUCAGUUUGGAACAUACGAAGAAACGCAAAACAACAGCACCCAAGAGUCUCCAUUUAACAAACAAAUGUCAGGUGUGUAAACGUUUUCGAUGUCUAUAAAAAAAAUAAUAAAUAAAAAAUACACUAGUUUAGUUGAUGAAUUAUAAGUAUAACAAAUAAUAAUAAUCAGGUAAGUAUUUGGUGGAAUUAUUUUAUUUACCAAUCUAAAAUAAUAAUAAUACCAAUUUAGUGUAUAAAUAAUACUUCAUUAUUAAUAUUUUAUUUAUUUUUAAUUAUUAUUUAUGGGUAGAAUAAAAUAUUUAAAUACGGUUUUAAAUUGAAUAUAAUACACUCUUGCGGUUUUUGAAUUUCAAAAAUACAUUUUACAUAAUAUCAUAAACUGACUAGAAUAUAUAUAUCUACUUAAGUACUAAGGUAUAGUAUCAAACAUUUUUAUUUUAUGUUUUAAAAUAUCGUAUUUUUUUAUGUAUUUCAGGAGAAUAUCAAACUCAAGCUUACUAAAAAAAAAAAUGUCUACAAGUUAGAUUUUCAAAAAAAAAAGAGCAAUGGUUUCAACAUGCCAUGAAAAAAUGAGUCGUUACCACAUAGGUACUAUACAAAUUAUAACAUACAUACUAUACUUAUCGCUGCCGGUACUUUUACAAUAACACAAUUACUGGUUUCAAUAAUAUUUCAAAGAAAAAAAAAAUUAUUAUUGAAUAUAGUUUUAGUAUUUCGUGUAAAUGUAUAGUUUUUAAAAGUGUGUAAUCAUUGUUUUUUUUUUUUUUUUAAAAAUUAGUGAUUUAUGAACUCUCUUUUAUUUUAUUAAUUUAUAAUAUUUGGGAGAACACUUAUUCUUAUUAUAACGGUACAUUUUUCGACUACCUAUUUAAUUAUUUAAUUAUUCGUUUAUAAAAAAAAAAAAAAAAUUAAUAAUAAUAAAUAAUAAUAAUAAAAUUUAGUACUUAUAACAGUUGUGAAAUAUUUAAUAAUACAUUACAUAUAUAUACAUAUAUUAGUAUUGUAAAAUAGAUCUUUAAAUUAAUUAUUGCGAUUAUUUAUCGAUAUGGAAGAUAAAAUCCAAAUACAUUAUUACAUUUUGACACUUACGUUUACAAUCAUAUAAUAUUAUGAUUCAGUUGCUUGUCCAGGGAUUUUUAAUUGGAGGGAAUAUUCUAAAUAAUAAUAAUGGAAAAAAUCGUGAAAUAUUUUGUUCUAUCCAACUCCACUAUAUGGAAAUUUAAAAGCCGGACCCCUCAAAAAAAAAAAAAAAAUAAAUUGAAUCACUAAAUCAAGCUUUUCCUGGAACUUGGCAUAAAUAAAUACACUUAAAGAUAAAAAUCACUAAAUAAAUACUAAUCAUUUUUGUUGUAUUUUCAAGCCGAUGUAGGAGUCAGGGUAGGGUAGAAUAGAGUAGGAAUAAGGGAUAUAUCAUAAAAUGUCUACUUCACCCUGUGCAUGCCACUGUUAUCAUCAAAUAUUUGAAAGUUUAAAAGGAAUUUGUAUUAUAUUAUUGUAGAUAUUCGUGAAUAAUUAUAAUAUAUAUAUUAUUAUAUUAUUAAAUAAGUUACAGAGAUAAAAAAAUGCAAAUUAAUUUUAUUCCAUUUCUAUAAAAAAUAUACUAUAUUCUCUUUUUAAAUGCUUAAGUCAUUAUAAAACUUCAAUCAAUAAUAAUAUAGCCUAAUAAAAAUGACAAGUAUAAAUAAUUAUUAGAGUUUAGUAUGUUUUAGAAAACAUUAUAUUAACGUGUUUAUAUUAUAUUAUUACAAAAACAGAAUGCUGUUUUGCCGCAUCAGUAUUUAUUGGUAGAUUGAUAUUAUAUUAUAAACGAAGAUAAAAUUAUAUAAUCGACUAUAUAUUAAUAAUUACUAAUUAACAUCGUUAUAUUAACGUUUGUAAACAUUGAUAAAUAUUAUAUUGAUUAUAUUAUAUUUUUUUCUUUCUUAAAAUAUGUAUUAUUUGAAGCGAUUAUAACAAUAAAAAAAUUAUAAUAUACCUAUUAUACUAC